AUGGGCGACCAAUUAGCGGUCUUGCUCGAAAAUCAAUUCCUUGCGCCAACAAUGCACAAAUAUCACAAUACUUAUUAUAUCAUUUUCGAUAAGAAAUCGUAUGACUAUCUUAACACUAAAAUUUGUGAGCUUGCACGAGCUGAUGUCAGUGUAAUAAUUGGAGUUGUUCGCCGGGAAAUUGGCGAAAUUAUAGCUGAACAAUGCGCUGAAUAUAACAUUCUAUUUAUUCAUCAUUACUGGACGCCGGGAAAUACCGAAAGUUUCAAUAACUCGUUAAACCUCUAUCCAGCAAACGAGUAUUCCCAAUUGAUGGAACGAUUGAUUGAAAUAUGGAAGUGGGACUCAUUUGUCUACAUUUAUUCGAACCACGAUGCUCCAAAACAGCUAAUCGAAACAUUGUCCAAACUCGAAUCAAGUCCAGCUCUGAUUCGAGUCCAAAAUUCUGAUGAAUCGAUGAUGUCGACUGCUUUAGCGCUUCGUGAGAAUUGCGAAAGAACACGCUGUUGGUUGCGAAAAAAUAGAGUGUUGAUCGAGCUCAGUCCGAACGAAACUCUUCGUUUUUUCGAUGCUUCAUUAAAGUUGGGAAUGAUCAACAAAGACAAUUGGUUUAUGGUCACUGCUUUGGAUAAUCUUGUUGAUAACAUGGCUCAAUAUUCGCACAAUGAGAUGAGAAUCUCUUUAUUGAGCCUAUCAAAAGAACAUUGGAAUUCCGAAUAUUUUUCAUCUGAUGUGUUCAAGGCGUACAAUAGUUAUCGAUUGACGACUGAUUCUUUAACACCAUUUAAUGAUUUCGCGUUCACAUUCGAUUCGCUGCUGAUCGCAUGCAAUGCAGAACCGCGAACGAUUCGAAAAUGCUUCGAACCCGAGGAGGACUAUACUACACAUUUUAACUUACCAAUCAUAAAGCCGAUAAAAGGCUUGACAGGAAUAAUUUCUUAUAAUGAGACAAGUGAAAGACGAGACAGUGAGCUUCAUAUAUGGGAAAUGGGAGUCAAUGGAAGCUCUUUAAAAAUAGGAAACUGGAAAUCAAAAUGGGAGGGCUCCAAAGAGCUGACAAUGCGAUCGAAGAGUCUGCCAGGAACUCACGAUUACCAACUAACUCUCAAAAAAGAGGAACGUAUGCUCACAGUAACGUCCAUUCACGAAAAACCAUAUGUCAUCGAGAAAAUUCUGCCGGAUGGACAAAUCGUUUAUGAAGGGUUCUGUGUGGAUCUUCUUGACAAACUUGCGGCGAGUCUUGACUUUGAUUAUAAGCUCAAAAUUGUCAAGGAUAAUAAAUAUGGAGAACGUGACAAUAUUACUGGCCAAUGGGAUGGAAUGAUUGGCGAAAUACUCCGAGGAGAUGCCGAUAUGGCUGUUGCUCCAAUUACAGUCACUGCUACUCGAUUAGAGGUCAUCGACUUUACGGACCCGUUUCUUCAAUUAGGAAUUUCAAUGUUGAUGAAACAACCGAAUGAGAAAGCUUCAUCUUCAUUGACAAGAUUUCUAUGGCCUCUUUCGGCGAGUGUUUGGACAUUUUCGGCAAUUGCCACCGUGCUCACUGCUCUUUUGGUUACGGUGGCUGCAAUGCUAACACCGAAAGAAUCGACAACGGAAUUCAGCUUACAGAAUUCUGUGUGGUAUUUGGUUUGCAUAUUGCUGCGCGCUGGAUCUGGGUACAAUUGUCAAGCAGGAGCAACAAGAUUGAUAUCAGCUGUUUGGUGGACAUUCACAUUGGUUCUCAUUGCUCAAUAUACCGCCAACUUUGCUGCUCUUCUAACAGUUGAGAGAAAGUAUAUUCCGUUUAAUAGUUUUGAAGAGCUGGGAAAUCAAAGUGAAUAUCAAUAUGGGGCAAUUCUUGGCGGCUCCACCAUGCAAUUCUUUAAAUAUUCGCGAAUUGAAACAUUUCGACGAAUAUGGGAGGGUAUGAAGAGCGCGACGCCAUCAGUAUUUGUGAAAACUAACCAAGAAGGAGUGCACAAAGUGCUGAAUGAGAAGUAA